AUGGCGCCCAGCCCGCUGCAGACUCAGAACAGGGACGGGGGCCCAGAACCCCCAACGUCCCGCGGAUUUUGCUCCACGUUGCGGCGGCACCUUUUUGGACGAAAAAGGGAUGGAAACAAGAGCACCCCCAUAGAGACCGCGGGCGUAUCAGCAGGAAAUACCUGCACGGUUCCGCGGGACGAGCGUACUCUAGCGAGAAACGGCCCCAGGACGAGUGAGAGCACUGCCGACAAUGUCCAAGUGCCAUACACGGUACCAGAGCCAGAAGAUGAAUACUUUGGUCCAAUCUCAGCGCUGUGGGGAGAAGAAUACGCCAAUCUCGCAAAGAGCGAGGAAGAAGGGGACGACGAUUGCUUCUUCACGGAGUACAAAUCCAUUGCGUCAAAGUUAUUGGGAAUCAGUACUGAUGACCUGGCGAGUAACAAGCCGGAUCAACGAGCAGAGACGGCCAGGGUUCAGAAAACGCUAGAGGGCCUUAUUGACGAGAAGAAAUGGAUACUGGGCCCUUUCGGGGUAAAAGAAGCUAUUAAGGCCACGGUUGAAGUCGUGAACGGCGCUAGAGACUUGGUUGGGGCUGGUAUCACAGCUUCAGGAUGCCUCCCCGCAAGUUUGGCCUGGUCCGGUGUUUGUAUCCUCCUGCUGGACAUUGCUGUCAUCAUUGCAAUUUGCGAUGCUAGGGAGUCUUUCUAUGCUCGUGAGUUCGAAGAAGGGGGCUUUAACAAGAUAAAACAGUCAAACAUAGCACAUGGCGUCUUUCGACAGACACUCUCCCGGUUAUACGGCGAUAUCCUCAGGUUCUAUGCCCGCAAUGUCUACUACCUUUCUCGAAAUACUCCUGCGAGAUUCCUUCGCGAUUUUGCGAAACGGGACGACUGGAAGGCUCAAUUGCAGGGUAUAAAGGAGAAGGCGACAGCAGUCGAUAAAGCCGUAUCUGAAGUCCUCAUCCAACAUAGAGCAGAGUUCCAAAGGCUUUUGACGGCGAUUGGCCAAAACCAGGUCAAGUUGCUGCAGAGCCAAGUCAAUCUGCUGCAAAGCUUCGUUGAGAGAGCAGAGCGAGACGACAGGUCUCAAAUUCUCAAGAGUCUUAAAGUGAUCGACCACGAGGCAAUGCUGAGUUCGAUCCGGGAUCAGCGCCCUAAGAGAACUGAGAACGUCCCAUCAUCGCUCAGUGGUACCCAUGGCGCCUCUGCCGCAGUGGAUAACGAGCAACAUCUGACACCAUACCCCGUCGGGAAAUGGCUCUUGGAGAACAAAGAAUUUGUCGACUGGAAGACCAGUCCAAACUCGGUGCUCUGGCUCCACGGUCACGAGCAGGCCAAGCAUGCCGCUGUCGCUUACUGCUUCAUCCGGUUCUCGGAGCCGAAAACCUUCAAGCGUGACAACAUCGUCAAGUCGCUCAUUGCGCAGUUCUACGCCGCAGGACCUGCUACCGCGGCAGCUCUUUUGCUCAGGGAGCAGAUGGCCGAACUUAGAGACGAGAAGGAAAUUGGCAGCGUCCUACAAGAGUUCAUUUCCAGCUGUCCAGGCGGCGCAUACAUAGUCAUCGACGGCGUGGACGAGUGCCCAGAUACUGGACCUGUCGACUCGCCUUACGGAGGGGAGCCUAGCAAUCCACGACAACAUCUGCUGGACUUGCUGCAGGCCCUACCAGGACGGAGGUCGGAGAAUCUUCACCUAUUCGUCAGCAGUCGGCCCGCACCAGACAUAAGAGGGCUCUUGUGCCGGAUAAACCCCCGCAUCAUUGACCUGGGGGAUUGCCGCGCCGAAACCGAUCAUGAUAUCAGCGACUUGAUUGAUGCAACGCUCGGGGAGUCCUCUAUAUACCUACCUUGCAACCAAUUGCCAUGUGUUCAAGUAUUGAGGACGAAGAAGCGGUCCAACCGGACCUCUCGCAGUAUACAAUAUGCCCGAAUUGCGCUCUCGCGAAUUAGUAGAGAGGUUCCUCUCAAUGAAACGCAGCUCAGCGAACUCCUGGCGAAAUUACCCGAGGGUUUGAACGCCUUGUACAAGGAAGCGCUUAUCAAAUUGCCCAAAACUCACCAUGAGACUAUUCGCCGUCUUCUGAUUUGGCAGCGGUUUUUCGUCCAUGGGCCCAUGAACCUUGCUGAGGUGGGAGAAGCUUGCCGAAUACCACUUCCGGCUCCCGAGCAGCCCGAUUUCAAACUCGACCCCUCGUUCCCUAAUCCGCGCGGCAUCGUUGACCGAUUACCUGGUAUCUUGCUCGUCCAAAAGUCCCCUGGCGUCCACUUGCCCGACCCGGAAACCCAUACCGACUGGGUUGUGACGGUUGGCCACUAUUCGUUUAUAGAGUUUCUCCAGUCUAGCGACAUCAUCACGGAUCCCAGAUUUGAGCAAGUCAAGUACUUCGCUAUUGACGUGGACAAGACACGCAUGGAGCUCGCAUUCGCCUGCCUCAGUUACUUGUUGCAUUCCUCCCGUCAAGUGCACUUGUAUUGCGACCUGGAGCAGUUUUUGAAGAGCUUUCCACUGUUCCAACGCUCAGCAGAGGGCAGCUUUGAGCUUGCGGAGCACGUUCACCAUAAGACAUGGCCACAACCCUUCAGGGACGCCCUUGAAUAUAUAUUCUUCGGGCCUAUGUCUAAGGAGCCUAUUCGGCUUUUGAAGCUGCUCGCAGUCGAUGAAGGACCUGGGUGUGGUAGCUACGACUACGCUGGGGCGCUGACGUAUUUGGUUGACUUUGGCCACACCCGUAUCCUACGCUUUAUCCUCAAAGAGCUUCUCCUCAGGGAGGAGAAUAAUUCAUUGUCGGAUUCAAGCCUGGCACGAGAAGAUCUUGACAUCGGGCUCCAUCGCGCAUGCGCAUUUGACCUGCCCGAUAUCGUCACUCUCUUGCUUAGAUACCAGGCCAAUCCGCAGACACCUGCAAAAAGGACAUGUGCGUCUAAUGACCCCGACAUCUGCCAGCGACUGCAAGCAGAUCCACACGCUGCGCGCGCGCAUGCUGGUAAGCCCAACCCUACAUGCGCGGUUGGCGUUGCCCUUCAAAACCAUGCGGCCAGGGCUCUUCGCGCUCUGUUGGAAUGGCACCAAGGAGAGGCCUUGCAAAGCUGCAAUGAGAAACACCAUACUCACCUGAUAUCCGCCGCCAUGAAGGAUGACAAAAGGUGUUUUUAUGAGCUCUUGCAGCGUGAUCCAUAUGUUGGCGUUGAGAUCGACGGGCUACCUGUUCUCCACAUCCUGGUUCUCUACCACAGUCCACUAUCGACUUUUCUUCGCAGCAGCGUUGGCUCAAAGGUCGACUAUAGGGCACGGGACCGCUGUUUUGGAACUGCGCUUCAAUGCGCAGUCGCUAUAGGCAGGGGUGGGUCGGUUCACGACUUGCUCAUGGCUGGCGCCUCCAUGGACGACCCUUCUGACCCAGCAUGGGAAACUCUUCUGCGCGACAUGAGCAAAGGCGAGCACUUCAACCUUGAGUGGUUCGUAACCGUGUGGGGGUUUCCGGAUGGGGAUAAAGCCGCGGCCAGGUUGCGAGCCUUUCAGGAGGUGUUUGGGGAUCGUUGUCGGGAACCUGGUCUGAGUCCUGAGGAUCGCCAGCAUCUCGCCGACGAGGCAGGCGAAUGGGUUUGGAAAUGGGAGCCUUAG